AUGAGCCUCGAUCCAGGCGGAUUCCCUAGAACCGAUUCCCCCGCAAGCUCCGAUAGCUCCCUCACCCGCUCCAGGUUCCGUACAAAUGACGACGAGCAUUUGAGAAAGGACAAGAACUACCGGCGGUAUGCAUCGACUGUCGAGCGAGCGUUGUCUCUGUUCGAUACCACAUUACAAGAAUGGGCCGAUUACAUUUCGUUCCUAAGUCGGCUUUUGAAGGCACUUCAAUCACAUCCACCAGAUUUACCGGUCGUACCGCAUAAGACUACCGUUGCAAAGCGAUUAGCACAAUGUUUGAAUCCGUCGCUUCCGUCUGGUGUGCACCAGAAGGCUUUAGAGGUUUAUACAUAUAUUUUCGGCUUGUUAAAGCCUGAAGGUCUUUCGCUAGACCUCCCCUUAUACUUCCCCGGCGUCGCACCAACUCUUACAUUCGCCUCUCUCUCUGUUCGGCCAUUGUUCAUAUCUCUCCUGGAAACAUAUCUUCCGGAAUUAGAACCGAUGGCAAUUCGCCCCGCUCUAAAGGCUAUCAUCCUAGCACUAUUACCAGGCUUGGAGGAGGAAACGAGCGAUGAUUUUGAACCGACACUCCGUACUCUCAACAAGAUUCGCAAUGUAGCCAGCCAGAUGGAUACACGGAGAUCCAGUUUAAGUUCAAGUGCCGGUGGCCAGUACUUUUGGCAAUGCAUGUUUCUCGCUUCAAUCACGAACCCUAGCAGGCGACUCGGUGUUUUAGCAUAUCUCAAUCGCCAUCUUCCCAAGUUAGGACUUAGCAGGCCAACUAGUUCGGACGGAGGAGACAACCAACUGGAAGGAGCAGAUGCAGCAGCCAUUGUCGAGUCUGUUAUCUCUCCAGAGCCUGGUUUACUCAUUAGAUGUUUUGCCAGUGGCUUGACCGACGAUCAAUUGCUUGUCCAACGAAACUUCCUCGACUUAUUAGUGACUCAUCUGCCACUGCACUCUCCUGUCCUACAGUCGAAAAUUAGGCGCGAUGACUUGGAGAAGCUAAUUCUUGCUGCAGCUGGUGUCGUGCUCAGGCGAGAUAUGAGUCUGAACAGACGGCUUUGGGCCUGGUUUCUCGGCCCAGAACCCACCCAACCUCUCAUUGCAUCUCCCAAUCCUAAUGCAGAAAAAGAUCAGGAAGCCUCGACAGAGAAUCAAGAACAGUCACAGUCUCGGUAUUUUAGCAAGAAUGGCUUAGAUUCUUUGGUUCGUGGUCUUCUCAAAUCAAUCAAUCAAGAUACGUUGCAACCAUCUCAGAAAAGCCGGCCUUUACGCAUUGCCCUAUCCCUUAUGGAUCGGUGGGAAGUAGGCGGCUUUGUUGUUCCAGCUGUUUUCCUUCCUAUUAUGCGCAGCGUACAAUCCUUCGAGGGAACAGCCGACAAGUCGCACUUUGAGGAGCUGUUUCGGAGCGCGAGUGCAUUCUUCGACGGCGUCGAAAGUAGUCUUAUCUUCUCAGAACUACUAUAUCUUAUCCAUGGGGAUACGAAAAGACAGCAUGAGCACUUUGAAAAGAGAGAGAAUGACCUCAAGCUCGCCCAUUUUAUCCUUGCGAAUUUCAAUGUCCGUGAAGAAGAAAUGCUGCUUCUUCACAUUCCUCUAUUGACACUUGCGGCAUUGAUUGAAGCUAACGAAAUUGUAUCAAACAAUCAAACAGGGUGGCCGUCAGAGCAAACUAACAUGUACACUCAACUUCUUUUCAAAUUGCUCAACCUGGUGCUUAACCUUUUACCUGAGCGAGCAUUUCUUGUCAAGGUUGCCUCCGAAAAUCUAACAACCGAUCCCCGUGAACUCGAUAAUCAAACACUUAUGAAGAAUAUCCAGCAAUUCUAUGAUCGCAGCAAGGAAAGCCUCGAGUUACCCCCUUUGCCGUUCGCUCCACAAGUUUUAUCCGAAUUGAUAUUGCGUGCGGCAUACCGACUUUCUAUGUCGGCUUUGGAAGACCAUCGCAGUAGUCUUUCGGCGAAAGAAACGUUGGGUCUUCUUACUGGACUCUUGAAGAAGGCACCAAAAUCUCGAACAUUAGCAGAUGGUCAUCUGAUACGAGCAUUUCAUAUGGCUUUAGAUUGUGAUACGUCGCAACUCACGACACAAAGGUUUGCCGUUGUCUCCUCGGUUGCUUCAGUUGUUACUACCCUGUAUGGUAUUCAUGCCCCUGGGUUUUAUGUCACUUACGAGCAGCUGUGUGAUUUAUUGCCAACAUUAAUGGAUCACCUUUGGGCCUUCUUAUCACCUGAAAGCCCAAAGUUUCAUGUUGAGGCUGUCCGUUGCAUUGGUUUACUGCAUUCAAUUACAUGGCAAGAUCACAUCGUUGAAGCUGCCAUUACGUCUCUAAUGGUCGGCGUUGAUUCUUCUCAGAAUGCCCAAAUCUCCCACAUACAGCAUGUUGAAAGAUUUUGUGUUCUAUGGAAUCAUAGCCUCCAGUGGGGUCAAGAGCCACAAAAUCGCCCUUCAGAAGGAAACGGGGUGAAUGCGAAGCUUUUUGCAGAUCGUUCUGCGUCUCACAUUUCCUUGCUCAAGCGACCGCUGUUUGUAGUCUUGGAUCUAUUAUCCCAGAAUUCUGAUGAAGUCUACCAAGUUGUCCGCGAUUGGGUUCAAGAUAUGCCAUCAAUCCAACGGGUUCUGCAUAUCAUUGUAUCCAAACUUGAAGAGCUGGUAAAUGUUGAUGGGAAUGGAGAAAAGCGACAAGGCUUGAUUGAUCCCGAUUAUCGGCCAGAAUGUCAAUAUCUGCUCCAGACUCUCUCCAACCUCAUGUCAUGUCUUUCACAAAAUGGUUGGAUUACCUUGGUUUCACACUCAGUCUCCCAGGCGGAGCACCAUGAACCAGAGACUCCGGAAAAUGCAGCCGAGCACAAGACCUUUCAAAUAGCAAUUGCCGAGGUUGCAAUUGCUCUGAUUGGAUCUCAAUUAGGAACAGACUCCCAAAUAUCGGUUGAGGAGCAAACUUUGCAACGUACAGCACUCUUACUCCUUCGACGGUUGCUGGUAGGCCUUGGUUCUGAGCAGCUUAUUGAUACAAACAUACACAUAAUCCUCAUCGAGAAACUAUCCAUUGCACUGGAUCAAGGCAGUCAUAUACUUCAGACCACGAACAUUGAGACGCUCCUCGUGGCGCUCAAAGCCAAAUUUGCUCAUGUCUUGCAACCCCCUGCACAAAAGCACAGAAGAACUGGAUCAAAGGGUUCUAUAAGAAGUGCGUCACUUCUUUCACUAAGUGCAUCACUAAGUACAGAUCGAGUCGACAAGUUGCAUCAACCGCCGUCUGUGCCACAACCACCGGAGCAGCUUUUGAACUGUCUGUUGAAAGGUAUCAGCUCUCCAAACUCACGCGGUUGCCUAGAAAAAUGGAUUCUGCUUCUAAGUGAAAGCCUACCUUUAUAUGGCGAAUCCAUUUUCCAAAUUCUCUUAAUGCUUGUGGAGUGCUUUUGUCGAGAGAUACGAAACUCGUUCUCCAGUCUACAAGAGAUGUUUGAAAAGACAGAAGAUUGGUCACAGAAUCGAUCAGAACAUGUGACGAUCGUUUUAUUGACGGGUCUUGAGACAUGUAUAGCAGCAGCUCAUGAGCGUCUGCACGCCGAAGAAGUGACUAUAACGACUGCUAGGAGCCCCGAUCAUCCCCAAACCUUCUUCGGAAACAUGGUAUCCAAUGUCUUUGUUUCUGACGGAGGGCCAGCGAGGAAUGUGGCUAAUGAUAGGCUGACGGUAUUACUGUGCUUUCAAGACGCCGUUCGACUGUGCUUUUCGAUUUGGUCUUGGAGAGCAAACAGCAAAGGUAAAAUGUCUCUCGAUACAGAAUCAGUCGCAUCGUUCCAAUAUACGUCUUUGCGGAUGAGAAACCGAUCGCGGGCCUUGUUAGAGCAUUUGUUUACGGCAGAAGCACUAGAAUGCCUUGAAACGCUAGUAGAGCUCUGGAGCAAUUUGGGUCCGUCAGAGACAAGUAAAGCGUCUCAUAUCUUUAGUCUUUUGCAUACACUUGAUAGAGCCCGCCCAAAGGUCAUUAUUCCGGCGAUUUUUAACUCGAUAUACAGCCGAACCAACCCUGCGGCUUUGGAUCCAAGCCGCAAAUCAACAUUGGCCUCAAGUAUUUCCGAGUCUGAACUUGCGGCAUUUUUAGUCACCUAUGCUCGGUCACUUGAUGAUGAUGUUUUAGAUGAGAUUUGGGGAGAUUGUACGACAUUCCUGCGCGAUGUUUUGACCAAUCCGUUUCCUCACCGACAGAUACUAUCUCGACUUGUUGAGUUUGCCGGUAUACUUGGUGGGAAGAUGGAAAAUACCAGUUUUGGGGAUGACCGCCGAAUGAGGAAAGAACUUGGAGACCUGCUACUUCGCCUUUUAUCGGCCAUAUUUACGAGCAAACCCAUGGGGUUAUCUCAAGACUCCGGAAUUUCUGCAAGACCGUCAGCUGACGGCGACGGUUCAUCGACGCCACACGCAAGCCCGGACAAUAUGCUCAAUAUUUUGAUCUCGUCCUUACCAGCAUUUUUGACAGCUCUUGGGGAAACGGAUCGAAUAACCAAUGCAAUAUCCAGCAUUUCUACCAAUGUCAUUUCACCAACGUUGCGUUCACGACUCUUUCCGAAUAAUAUGAAUCAGACUGUACUUGAUUUGCUACAGCAGAUUUCAAGGAUAUCUGCAAGUUCUAAAGUAUGGAAAAAGGAUAUCGCGGAUGCAUUCAAUGAUCCUAGAUUUUUUGGAUCUCGUGUUGAUCUCGUCAAGAGCGGUUGGAUGGGUUUACUACGGCAAUGGAUCCUUGUAGAUAAGGAACGCUUUCCUGAACUGUUGUCGCGAUUGACUCCUCCCACCACGGCCGGAAUCAUGUUCGGGGUGGGAGCUACGGCAGCAAGAUUAGAAGCUGAUCGCAAGACUCAACUCAAUUUGCGCCGAAUUGCGCUACUGAUUCUUUCCAAUGGCGAGGAUCACUUCGUUAUAGACUAUCCAGCUUUGUUACAGAAACUCGAAGACCUCCUCCAAGCCACACAUAUCUCAUCGCCAUCCUCGGCUACAAGAGCGGAACUAUUCAUGGUUCUCCGAGCACUUGUACUUCGAACUUCAACCACCCACAUGGCUCCCUUCUGGCCUCUGAUCAACACAGAGUUACAAGAAGCUAUCUCUGCAGUACCGCGGCACCAACAAUCAGAACUCUAUGGACCUUAUUCCCUUCUUCAAGCCUCCAAGCUUCUAGACACAUUGUUGUUGUUGGUUCCAGAUGAUUUCCAACUACAAGAAUGGCUCUUUGUGACCGAUACAAUUGAUGCAAUUUAUCCUCCGGGUCGAUGGGAACCUAUCGCUCUCGCAGACGAGAUAGCUCGGACUUUGGGCCCACGGGACGUAAUAUCGCCUCUACCCGGUGACCUGAGUGACAAGCAGAGGCUCAACAAGCCGUGCUUGAACUCUGAUCGUAUCCGCGAGACGCCAAAGGAUGAGAUUGUCGAUCGGAUAUUGAAGCCCUUUUUUGAACGAAUCAGUAUCCAGGCAUUUGAGAGUACUUAUAGUAUGGGCAGUCCUGAUCAAGAAGCUUGCGAGGAUGAUUUGUUGGCGGAUAUCUUUAAUGAGAGUACCAUGGCAAGUUAA